ACAAGAAUCGCGAAGAGCUUCUUCAUCUCCUUGUCCUCUUCAACAACAAGUGGAAGAAGAAAAGGCCCAGAUGACUACCACGCCACUCUCAAAGCUCUCAACUCUAAAGGCCGUUUUCCACGAAAAUCUCUCGGCCAGCACUAUAUGUUGAACUCUGAGAUCAACGAGCAGCUAUCAAGUGCGGCUGAUGUUGGAGAUGGUGAUGUGGUGCUAGAAAUUGGGCCAGGAACUGGCUCUUUGACUAACGUUCUUAUUAGUGCUGGUGCUUAUGUUAUCGCAAUUGAAAAGGAUCCGCACAUGGCUGCUCUUGUGAGUGAAAGAUUUGCAGACACUGACCAUUUGAAGGUCCUAAAUGAAGACGUUCUCAAAUGUCAUAUUUGCUCACAUGUACUAUCAGUAUUGGAAAGUAGUAAGUCUAUCGAUUUGAAUUCAGGAUAUGCGAAGGUGGUCGCAAAUAUACCAUUUAACAUAAGUACGGACGUAGUUAAACAACUUCUUCCAAUGGGUGACAUUAUUUCAGAAGUAGUUCUCUUACUUCAGGAGGAGACAGCUUUGCGCUUGGUGGAAUCAUCUUUGUGGACAUCUGAAUACCGACCGAUCAAUAUCUUUGUCAAUUUCUAUUUAGAUUCGGAAUUCAAACUUAAGGUGUCAAGGACAAAUUUCUUCCCUCAGCCUAAUGUUGAUGCUGCUAUUGUAAAAUUUAAGCUGAAGCGAGCUGAAGACUACCCCUCAGUUUCCUCCACCAAAAGCUUCUUCUCAAUGAUCAACUCUGUUUUUAACGGGAAACGAAAGAUGUUGCGAAGAUUGCUACAACAUAUCUGCUCAUCCUCUGAGAUUGAGAAUGCUCUCAGGAACGUUGGCCUUCCACCGACGUCAAGACCGGGAGAGCUGGCCUUAGAUGAUUUUGUGAAGCUUCAUAAUUUGAUCAUGGAAACCUAAUAAUUCCACUGGUUUUACCAAAGUGCGCCUCCAUAGAACAAUGUUGGGACAUAG